UGUCGGACCAAUCAGAGGAAGCGCUUGCGUGUUUUCGCUAGUCUUUUCUCUGAGAGGAGGACGAUGUUUUCAAAAGCAGCCAUGAACGUCACACUGCCGUAGGCUACGCUUCACGUCCCAUAUUUUUUGGUGGGGUGAAAUAACGGUUUCUAUCGCCAACCGAAUCCCGGAUGAGUUGGUGACUCCUCACGUAGAGGUGCAUGAUGACCCUGCCUAGCCGGAGCUGUCACAGCUAGUCAGCUGCCACACCAUGGCAAAACCUGGGAGCGACAGGGAUGGAGCCAUGGUGGAAAAGCAAGCGGGAAAGAAGUGCAAAGACAAGCUGUCCCCCUUCACCAAGACUCCCAAGCUGGACCGGAGUGAAUUGCUGGGAAAGGAAGGGAAAGUCAAGUCUUCCAUGAAGCGCAAGCUCUCCUUCACUAGCAGUCCGCCCCGGACUGAGGAGCGAGACUCGGACACUGAUGAGUCAGACCCAGGCCAGUCCAGUGAGACCUGGGGAGAGAGAUUAGUGGCCCCCUGCAGGACCUACGCAGAUAAAGAUGGACCAGACAAGAAGAAGGUGAAAAAGGAGGUCGGUGGCAAAAAGGCCCAGGCCCCCAACCUUUUGUUUGGGUAUCCCCUGUCUGAGCGCAAACAGAUGGCUCUGCUCAUGCAAAUGACGGCCAACAGUCCAGAUUCAACCCCCAGCCACCCCUCUCAGACUACGCCCGUGCAGAAGAAGGUCCCCAGCAGCGCCUCGUCUCGGCAGAAGGACAAGGUCAACAAGAGGAACGAGCGUGGGGAAACGCCCCUCCACAUGGCGGCCAUACGCGGCGACGCCAAACAAGUCAAGGAGCUGAUUAGCCUUGGCGCUGACGUCAACGUGAAAGACUUUGCAGGUUGGACUCCCCUUCAUGAAGCAUGCAAUUUGGGUUAUUACGAUGUGGCCAAGGUGUUAAUAGCAGCAGGUGCAGAGGUGAACACACAGGGUCUGGACGACGACACGCCUCUCCAUGAUGCUUCCAGCAGCGGCCAUAAAGACAUUGUGAAGCUGCUGCUGCGCCACGGCGGGAAUGCUUUCCAGGCCAACAAGCGAGGGGAGCGUCCAGUGGACGUGGCCGACUCACAGGAGCUGGAACAGCUUUUAAAAGGGGAGGUGUUGCUUUCAGAUGACCAAGAGGACAGCUCCUCAGACUCUGAGGACCCCCCCUCUGUGAAUCCAUCCAGCGUGGACGACAACAUGGAUGACUCAGACCUGGAGAAAGACUCUGAUGCUAAACCAGAAGCAAAAUUGUCGUCCGUGGCAGGCCUGGAUGAGUACGAGUUCAAGGACGAGGAAGAAGAGGAGGAUCUUAGUAAAGCCCUGAACGAUCGACACAUCCUGCGGCGGGAACUGCGGCAGCGAGAGAAGGAAGACAAGGAUAUGAACAAUGUGGUCGGGAAGCAGAGCGCCAAGGAUGAUCCCUCCCCUAAAGCCAAAAAGCAGAAGCCCCCUCGAGUGCACUGUAGCUCGGACACAUCCAGCGACGAAAGUGAGAGCCUCCCUGACAAAAGGAACUCCCCCACGUGUUCCCAGAGUUCGGAGGGAGUCAAAGCAGACAUGAGGUCUAAAAAGGAGAAUGCUGAGCAAAAAGACAAGGGCAAAGUCAAGAGGAAGAACAAGAGCCAGAAUAAAAAUAAGGAAAACCAAGAGGACGGGAAAGAGAACAGUAAAACACUGCUCCUCUCGCUCGCCACUGUGUCCGAGAGCACGGAUAAGGGACGCGAGGAAGACUCCUUCAAGAUGUCCUUCAGCCCCAAAGAUGACACGUCUGUGCAUCUAUUCCAUUUGUCCUCCAUCAAAUCUCCCAAACUCAACCACAGCCUGGCCGACAAACACACACCGCUCAAACAGGAGAACAGCUCGUGCCCUGUGGACGCCGUCAAGUACAACCACUACUCGGAAGCCGACUACUGCACUGAGGUCUCCAGCACCAAAGCCCACAAGCACAAAGAGAAGAGCAAACAUCACCAGAGAGACGGCGAGCGAGACGCCAGCCCGUACAAAGACGCCACCAUUAUCACACAUGCCAUCGACGGCAGCGAGGGCGCCUUGCGGAAGGGCGACUUGGAUGGCAAGGCGUCGAAGAAGCACAAAGUCAAACACAAGGAGAAAGACAAACACAGGAGAGAACAUGAGGCGGAGCGCAGCCGGCACAGACAGAAGGAGCCCAGGAGAGAUGGCCACAGGAAUCUAGAGUUUGACAGAGAGUUCUGGAAAGAAAACUUCUUCAAAAGUGACGAGACAGACGAACCGCUGCCUCUGAAAAGGGAAGCAGAGGAGAACUGCUCUCUGCAGAGGACCUCGGAGUGCUCCCCUUUCAAGGAGGAGAAGAAUGCCAAGGAGAAACAUUCCAGCGGCAAGGACAAGAGGCCGCGAGACGAGCGAGACAAGGACAAGGCCGUAAAAAAAGAACGCAAGGAGGAGAGGCUGAAAGACUCCAAGCUUGGCGAGCGUGACGACAGAGGCGACUGCCACGACUGCGGGAAGAUUCCAGACGAGCCGCCGCAGAGCAACAGCGUGAAAGAAGAGACUGACGAGAAGCCCAUAAGCACCCUCGCAGUUGAUCAGGAACAUCUGGAGCCCUCUGAAAGAAGCUCACGCGAGAAAACGGACAAGAGGCUCUCGGGAAAAGAAAAGGAGCCUGAAAAAAUGGAGAGAAGGCAUCCUGACAAGGAAAAAAAGCCCAAGGGUGAAUACUUGGACAAAGCGGAAACGCAGAAUCAGUUGGAUCGCUGGAAGGAAAAAGAGAGAUCCGUAGUCACUUCCUGCCACUCGCCAGGUGAUAAAAACUACAAGGAAAGCGACAAACUGAAGUCUUUAUCUGCGGCAAAGAGGCAUGAAGACGGCAGGAAAAGUCGAGAUAGGAUGGACAAGCGCUCGGAUCGGGAGAGGCAGGACAGAGAUUACGGCGCUGCCGAUCACAGAGACAAGGAUCGCACAAGCAGUGUGAAAGCAAAGCCUUUUGACAAAUCGGAUCGCUCCAAGGAAAAGGAAAAGGACUAUGACCGCAAGAGAAAAGAGAAACUAAAAGAUGGGACUCUUUCCUCCGGCUCCAAUCUGAAGUUACUUUUGGAAGAGAAGAAGGUUUAUCCCUCUGAAAGCGGGAAGCCCUUAGCCACGAAAUCAAAGGAGGACAUGGCGAAAACACCAGAAAAGGAUCGGGACCGGAGAGAGCGGGACAGAGAUUCAGACAGACACAAGGACAGGCACAGGGACAGAGACAAGGACAAGGACCGCCCCCAGCAAGCCAAGACCAGCAAGACCAAGCCAAGCGAGACGGACACGGAGAAGGUCAAAUCUAAGCCAGCCUCCGGAACGCGAGACAGCAGGCCCAAAGAGAAACGACUAGUCAACGAUGACCUGAUGCAGACCAGCUUUGAGCGCAUGCUUAGUCUAAAAGACCAAGAGAUUGAGCAGUGGCAUCGCAAACACUUGGAGAAGAUCAAGCAGAAGGAGAGGGAGAGGCUCAAACAGCGACCUCUGCUCGACCCUGGAAAGUCCAGGCUCAAAGACCGGACAAGGACAGAAGCCUGCUUUAGCAAGGAGCUUGUGCGCUCCAAAAGCUCCGAAGCCUCUGAUGUCCACAUUCGAGACAAACCCCUGAAGGAGGCCUCUAGCCUCAGGACCGUGUCCCUGGAUGGAAAAGGCCUACCCUCCAUCAGUGCCAAGGUCAUGUCUGUAGUGGAGAACUGUCUGAGCAGAUCUCCCCGGCCCGAGGGCGAGCACUGCGGCCUCAUGUCCAGGUCCGUGUCCUUAGUUUCUGUGGCGAGCUCCGAGGAUUCCUGCCAGGCCACGAUGCUCACCCCCAAGCACGCGGAGUACGACUCAGACAUGAACCCGGAGGCGGCCGACAUGCAGCCUGCAUUCCUGCAGUCGUCUCUUGUCAUUCAGGCCACCAGGUUGCCGUCCGCUCUGGAUAAAGACUGCAGCAAUCCUGCAGACAUGCAGCACAGUGCUCGCGCCACGCUUCCACCCAGACACGAGUCUCCAUACCUCAGGGCCAUCCUGGACGAGGACGCCUCACCCGAAAUGCAACCUAACCCAGAAGGUCUGCACACCAGGGAGAUGGCAAGUGAAAGAGAGGAGACACUUGUCAGUCAAUGUUCUGCUGAUGAGGUGCUCGCUGAUUGUGGAGGUGCCGCUGGCAGCUCCACGCCUAACCAAGAUCCUCCAAGUAAGAGUCUCACUCUGUGUAGUAGUCCUAAACCAGUCCCGACUGAGCACUCGGACGCUCCUGUCAAGAAGGACGUCGCGUGUGUGGAAAGUUCACAAAUGGACAGCACUGACAGGGACUCUGAGCCACCUUUAUUAUCUCCAUCUACAGAUGCGUCGGAGCUCACAAACCCAAAAAGCCUCCAUUCGAGGUGUGCCGUGCCAUGCAUCCGGCAGGAGGAUUUGUCUGCAGCGAACCUUUGGGACCAGAAGGACAAAGUAGUGACUGCUGAUGGAGCAGAACUGCAAAGUGAGGAAAAUGCUUCAGAGGGUCUCAAAAUGGAGGAGAUGGAAAGCCCAGUAGCUUCCACCAGCACAAACAUGCCCAUCUCCACAGAAUCCUUACCAGGCUUCAACAAGCCCAGCACAGAGUCCAAAGGUUUUCAAGAGGAUCUGGAUCUGAAUGAAAGUGACACCUGUGAUGCUCUGAUGGACACGUCGGACAACGAGCCAUGUGCCGUGAACCAUGAGGAAAAAGACCAGGACAUAGCUGACGUCCAGCAGAACGCUGACUAUCUUCAGAGUUCUUCGGUGGAGGAGCAGCUGGGUUCAGAGUGCCCCUCAGAUUCCCAUUGUGAGCCAAUGGAGGUGGAGCCCGCUGACAGGAAACCGGAGUCCACUGCUGAGGAUUCCAUGCAGCCCGCAGGUCAAAGCGACCUGAGCUACAGCGCCUCAGGAAGCUCCUCCCCUCAGUCCGCAGACCAGGAGUCCGACUGCUCUGGCGCCAAGAUCAAGAUCCGCUCCUCGGAAGAGGACGCGGACGUGCAUGUACCCCACCCUCGCAAAAGGAAGAUGCCCAAAGCGCCUGCUUUGCAGGCCUGCUGCACCACCCAGCAGGAGAAGGAACGAGGCCAGCAGUCUCUCGCCGCCAUUGUGGCGUCCGUCAAGCUGGAGGAAAUCGAGCCCUACCAGACAGAAAGGGCCAACCCCUACUAUGAGUUCCUCCACAUCCGGAAGAAGAUCGAGGAGAAGCGCAAAGUCCUGUGCAGUGUCACGCCACAGCCGCCACAGUAUUACGACGAAUACGUCACCUUCAAUGGGUCCUACCUGCUGGAUGGGAACCCGCUCAGCAAGCUGUGUAUUCCAACAAUAACUCCACCCCCCUCAUUACCUGAGCAGCUGAAGGAGAUGUUCAAGCAGCAGGAGGUGGUCCGCAUGAAGCUGCGCCUGCAGCACAGCAUCGAGAGGGAAAAGCUGAUAGUUUCAAAUGAGCAGGAGGUCUUGCGAGUGCAUUACCGUGCGGCAAGAACGCUGGCCAAUCAGACGCUGCCCUUCAGCGCCUGCACUGUGUUGCUAGAUGCCGAAGUAUACAACAUGCCUCAAGAUGUUCAGAGUGACGACGGCAAGACGUCUGUGAGAGAUCGAUUCAACGCCAGACAGUUCAUGUCCUGGUUGCAAGAUGUUGACGACAAGUUCGACAAGCUCAAGACGUGCCUCCUGAUGAGGCAGCAGCACGAGGCGGCAGCCCUCAACGCCGUCCAGCGCCUGGAGUGGCAGCUCAAACUGCAGGAGCUCGACCCGGCCACCUACAAGUCCACCAGCAUCUUCGAGAUCCCUGAGUUUUACAUCCCGCUGGUGGAGGUCAACGACGACUUCGACCUCACCCCCAUAUGAGGAGCCGCCAGGCGGACCAGCGCCUUCCAGGAACCCGCCAAAGCAAUGUGAAGCAUUUAAGAUGGGGAGCACUUAGGACUGAUCCACACCCAAGCUCACUCCGAACGGAGGCACGCCUGCCCUCAGGAUGAUGGGGGUCCAGGCCACCAUGAAGUCCAGGAGACCAAAAGGCUAGGUCGAGCAGUGCAGGAAGGCGCUCGCACGCCGUCCCGCCUCUGCCACCGUGUCGCGUCAAGCAGGGUCACACAAGUGAAAGAUUUCAAUAGUUUUCAUUGUGUUCAUACGUUGUGUACAGAUUGUGCUCUUAAUUUUUUAACUUAUUUUAUACAUACAAUUGUGCAUUUGUACAUAGCCAUGUAAUUAUUGUUUGAAACCUGUACAAACAAAAAAAAUACUAGAUAUUUUCAUUGUAAACUUGUUCUGUCACAUGUUUUAAUGGACCAAAGUGUUUGGUUUUUUUAUAUGGCGUGUUCCUCUUUGUCCGUGACGUCCUUGUUGUUACACAGGUGUUGUUUUUACCGUCUUUGUUUUUCUUCAUCUGCAGUUUGGCGCCACAGCUGCUCUUUCUUCACGUUGGCAAUUAAUGCUGUGCAUGCCUUGCAUCCUUUCUACUUUUUCCUACGAGGCCGUGCUGUAGACAUUGUGAGUUUUACUGAAGUGUUGCAGCUCUUUUUUUGUGUAAUCGUCCUUCUUGCGGCCUCCUUGUCUGUCGUCCUUUUGUGUGUUGCGCACAUUCGAGUCUGUCAUGGCUUCCAAGGAAGGGGGGGAGAGAAGAAAAGCUUUUACAGUUUCAAUGUGAGAUCACAACAAAACCUAUUUUUUCAACAUAAUGCCUUUUGAACGAUAGUUCUAAAAAAUGUCUAUUUUAAUAUUUACUUGUUACAUGACUUGUACAUAUUUGUAAUAUAUAAUUGAAUAAAUUUUAUGUUGUGAAACUAACAUCAGGCUGUUGUGAUUCAGCUACCCAGCCAGUAGGUGGUGCACACGAUUC